AACAGUGGCUGAAAGCAUGUCGGGCAUCUGGUCGCAUUCUGGUGAGAAUGAUGUAUUGAGGUGGAUAGCCUAAGGCGGGUAUUGCAAAAGUACGAUGAAAUCCUCUAUGAGUCUACUGAUAUUGCGAUUAAAUAUGACAAUUUGACACAAGUCAUGUUUAAAGCUCUUUCAGAGUUUGUCUCAACUCACUACGGCCGCUACAUUCUGCUGAUCGACGAGUAUGACAUUCCGUUCAUUUCAAUACAUUUGGCCGAAUGGGACAUCAAAACCAAAAAGGCCGCGCAAGGGAUCAUAAAGCUGUUGUUCCAGACGAUGUUCAAGGACAACGACAAUCUGCUGAAGGGAUUACUUUUCGGCGUUUUUGAGGUCCCGCUGACCGAGCUGGGGUCGGGCGCCAACAACAUCAAGGAGAUCCGCAUGAUCCCCAGCGAGGAGAGCGACAUCCAAAGCAGCAUCCUUGCAGCCACCCAUCCGCACUCAGGUAAUGGUCUGGACGCGCUGACGGACUCGUUCUGGUUCAACACCAACGAGGUCAAGCUAAUGCUAGACCAGAGCGCCAAGACACAUCCGGCAAUUGGCACAUACAAGAGCUUUAUUCUAGCGACCAUCAAGGAGUGGUACAACGGCUAUUACAUCGGCUGUUUCCGCUGCAAGUACAAUCCAUGGUCAGUCAGCUCAUUUAUUGAGACAUUGUGCAGCAUCCUCAGCCAAGCAGAGCCGCCAACCUCGGGCUUCCAGAUGCAGGCCAUCACACAGUCGGCGGCGCGCGCAUUCUGGGUGACUACAGGCACAACGGGGCUGAUAGAGGCGCAGAUCGACAAGCACCGUGCGCAGUUUGUCAGCCUAGCCAAGAGGCUGUUAUGCGACUACGAGCACUGCAAGACACUCGACCCGCAGCACUUUGAGGGCACCUACGAGCCCGUACCCUGGUUGCCACGCGGCUCAACCUGAUCAACUACGACAGCGACCAGUUCUCCGAGCCCGGACUGCUGACACUAUGCCUGUACGCGGGCUACCUGACACGACGCGAGUCCACGUCUGUGUGCAUUCCCAACCACAAGUGUACCAAGUGUGGCUGCAGCUGUUUGCGCGCGCAGUCAUGGGCACAGAGAU